CUGUCAUGACGUAGACAACCCGGAAGACGUGAGUUUGCUGUCAAUGCUAGCGACAGAGAGGAGGCUGAGAGCUAAAACACCGCAUUUAAAACAAGAUGGCAGGACUGCCCCGCAGGAUCUCUAAGGAAACUCAACGUUUGAUUGCAGAGCCCGUCCCAGGCAUCAAGGCAGAGCCAGAUGAAUGCAACGCCCGCUACUUUCACGUGGUCAUUGCCGGACCCCAGGACUCUCCUUUCGAGGGGGGCACAUUUAAACUCGAGCUCUUUUUACCAGAGGAAUAUCCCAUGGCAGCGCCUAAAGUACGCUUCAUGACCAAAAUAUAUCAUCCCAAUGUAGACAAGCUGGGGAGAAUAUGUCUAGACAUUUUGAAAGAUAAAUGGUCGCCAGCUCUCCAGAUUCGCACAGUGCUGCUAUCAAUCCAGGCGUUACUUAGUGCACCCAACCCUGAUGAUCCCCUUGCAAAUGACGUUGCAGAGAAGUGGAAGUCCAGUGAAGUCGAAGCUAUAGAAACAGCCAAGUCAUGGACCAGGCUUUAUGCUGGAAGCAAAAAUGAUGUGUAGAGCAGCCCAGCAAGUGGAGAUGCAAGUGUGAACAUAACUCCUUAUGUUCUGCCAAGACCUCUACUGACUUCAUUUGUAUUUAAAGGACACAGUCUUAAAUAUACAUGCAUAUAUAUUAUACAAUAAACAUGAAUAUAUAUUGUAAAGGAAAAAAACAACUGCUGAUAAUUGGUGAUUUAAAUGCUCGCUAAGGGAUGAAAUGACUCGUCUUUGUCCGAACUCACUACUGUUCAAAUGCAUGGUCAGAGGUUUUUAGAUCUACUCACCAGGCUUUUUUUGCCCAUUGAUUUUUGGAAAGUUUUGCCAACUGAAGCUUUAACAAGCACGAGAGGGGGGGGGGGUAAAAGAGUCCUACAUUUCACAUGUUUGGGGGGUGGGUGGGUUUGGGGGUACUGGGGCAGUGGAAUAGACAGGGAGGAGGGAUUGGCUGGAUGUGUAUACUUUUUACAUUUCUUUUAAUUGAGUUUUCUUGUGUCGCUGUUUUGUGUAUUGGAAGCAUCUAACUACUACUAGCCCGCUAUAUGUAGACACUCACCUGGAGGCUGAAUAGAGUUUUGUGCUUAAAACUAUGGUAGCCCUGCAUCUUCUUUAAGUCACGUCUGGCUGUUAAAUACAAAAUAAUAUGACUAAAAAAACCAAACUAAGCCUGGCACUGUCACAUCAACGUUUUCAGCUAAGUGUAAAUGUAGGCUUGUGGAGGGUAGGGUGGACAUUGCGGACGUUGCCUUCGUUUUAGCAUGUGUUUUAUUACCAUAUCCAGUCUUUUAUAUGUGAAUCUUUCUUGCUAUGCCGUACUGACUUUUCUGCUUCCCCCUCCCCCGUGUACUGCUGCAAAACUGUAGUUUACUUCUUCAAAUGGCAUUUAUUUCACAACUCAGUGGUUACAUUUGAGCUGUCGGACGUUUGAAGGCAAGAGUGUGGGGGAUCGUGGGGGGGGGGGGGGGGUUGGUGUUAAAGGAACUGAUGAGAGGAGAUGUUUACUUGUUACAGGAUCAAAUUCCAAAAGGUCAAUGAAGACUUUGACUCUCAACCGCCGUGAUUGUUUUUUUUGCUGAAAAGUCCGUAUUCAUUUCUUUCUGUUGAUCUGGGGAGGAAAUGCUUUCGUGCUCUCACAAUGCUAUGAAACAGCCCACCUGCAUACUUUUAUGUUCUGUAAAUAAAAUCUGUUGAUUAAUAAA